CUGGUAGUUUCUAUAUUUCAGAUUUCAGCAGUUUUUUGCUUUUCCGUGAAAUAAUUUAACGAUCAAGUAAAUCCCAUUGUAAAAUAAGCUUUGAUAGGUGUUUUGAAGGAUUCCAAAUACCAUUGACAUAUCACCAGAGUUUGGAGUGAAAAAUGAUUCUUACAGAUCUUCUUGACAAAUAUGUUCCAUGACAACUACAGCAAUAUUUAGAUGUCUUCUUCACACACUAGAAACCAUGCGUUGGUUAAUAAUCCAGCUACCUGGGAUGUUCUGUUUCUAUUUGCGUACAAGAAGACUAGUUCGCUUUUUCUUCUUGGUAAUUUGCUUGUUGCUGUACUGUGAGUUUUUUCAUUACUACGUAGUGUUAUUAUUCUGCAAGUGGCCAGUUUUAAGUACGGACAUUGCACAGCUACCAGUCAGAUCUAGACCUCUAAAAGUGAUGAUUUUAGCAGACACUCAUAUUCUUGGAUGGAAGGAAGGGCACUGGUUUGACAAACUUAGAAGGGAGUGGCAGAUGGAAAGAUCUUUUCAAAGUAGCAUGACAAUUCACAAUCCAGAUGUAGUAUUUAUAUUAGGGGAUCUCUUAGAUGAAGGAAAGUGGUGUAGUAAAGCAGAGUUUAAUUAUCAUGUGAAGCGUUUUAAAAAGAUGUUUACCACACCUUCGGGUGUCGAGACUUAUGUUGUCACCGGAAAUCAUGAUAUAGGUUUUCAUUAUAUGAUGACAGAGCAAAAACACCGGAGGUUUGAGGAGGCCUUUUCUGCCCCGUCUGUCCAGAUGGUGGAGAUUCAGGGGAAGAUUUUUGUCCUGAUGAACAGUAUGGCCAUGGAGGGAGACGGGUGUAGCCUCUGCUCAGAGGCCGAAGAAAAGAUGGAAAAAAUUUCACUUCAGCUGAAGUGUUCUCAGGAAGGAUUUUCAAAGAAGAAAAUACCAACUGCUUGUAAGAAGAUGAAGAAGUUACCAAAUACUCAACCCAUUCUCAUGCAGCAUUUUCCGAUGUAUCGACCAUCAGAUCACAAUUGCUCAACUCCUGAUGCUGCACCCCCAGCAGAAAAAGACAUUCCAUUUCGUCCAAAGUAUGACUGCUUGUCAGAGGAAGCAUCAAAACAGGUAUUUAAAUGGACGAAUCCAAGACUUAUUGUGAGUGCUCAUACCCAUCAUGGCUGCCACCGUAUCCAUGACAACGGGGUACCAGAAUGGACAGUGGCAUCCUUUAGUUGGCGAAACAAGAAAGGACCAAGUUUUCUAUUGGCUGUGAUAUCGGAUACAGACUUUAACAUAAAUCAGUGCUUCCUUCCCAAUGAAAACACAGUGUUUUCUAUUUAUGUUACUGGCAUGAUUCUUAUUCUGUUGUCCAUGCUGUUACCAAGGAAACACCAUCAUGUGACGACUUGUGUGGAUUUGUCUGACAAAUCAAGUUGACCCAAUUUACUGAACAAUAAGAGCAUCAAAAAUAGCCAUAGAAUGGCCUACCACCCACCACAGAGAAUGGAUAUGUUUGUAUUUAUUUUCCAACUGAUAAAUUUAUUUUUCUAUAUUCAUACAUGUCACAUGAUCGGUAUGUCCAAAUUAGCAUUGCUUGUUAUUUAGAUGGUAAAUAGGUGUCAGAGUAUUAUACAGAAUGUAGCAAAAAAAAAAAGGAAUGUCAUGCAUUAUGUACUUCAAUGUAUCAUACUGCGGGAAAGUUGUAUCCUUAAAGCCCUAAUAUACAUAUUUUUUUGCAUUUACAUUUAAUUUUUAUAAUUUGUUGAUUUUAAUUUAAGGUUGAAUGUAGAUAGAUAAGAUAUUUUAUCCUAAAUGUCUGAAACUUUGUGAAAUAGCCUUUGUGGUCUUGAAAGGUCAAGAUCAUACUAAAUUAGGGAGAGGGCUAAAAUAGGCUGAGCCUGCUGUCCAAUCCCAUUCACAUUAACAUCAGUGAAUAAAAUAUUGUGUAAGGUCAUACGCAUUGUAGUUUGAACUUUAUUGGGUUCUUCCCUAGAGUUGAAGAGUUUCACUAAAUGAAGGACCUGUGUGCAAUACUUUUAAUGUCUAUAUAAGGAUUUGUACACCUUUUCUAAAUCAAAUUUUGAUGGGAGGAAUUUAUGUUUCGUAUUUUUUGUACAUUUCUUUGAAUAAUGCAACAAUUUUCAUAAUUUGAUAUCUUUUAAAAACCCUGGUAACGCAGGCUGAUUUUUUGUCUAAGAACAUGUAAUGUUACUAUAAGUUUAAAUUCAAAAUAUAUUGAAAAAUUAUUAGUAGGUAAGGUACCUUGCGUAUGUCCUUAAAUUAAAUCAUACUAAAAUACGCAAGCAGUGAUGCAAAGGAAAAUGUCUCUGUUGAGAAAAUCUUUGUCAUUGAUGUUUUACUGCUUACUAGUCACAUUGAAAAGUUUUCAAAUGUACAUGUAGUUGUUAACAUUAGUUCAGUACCUACUAAAGGAAUAUAUACUUAGGUAAUUGAAAUAUUGACACAGCUGCUCAAAUCUUUAGAUUGUUAAAUUGUCUGUAUGUAGAGUGAACUAUCUUUUACUCAUCACAGGAAGUACAGUAUCAGAUUGUUAAGUAUGGUUGUUUUUACAAAUGGAUGUAUGAAUAUGUACCCCUUGUCUUUCCAGGAAAGUCAGAUUUACUCUACUCAAGUAAAUAAAUCAAAAUGUAAUUUUUUUGUGCAAUUCAUUGUUUAUUGUAAUCAUAAUGAAUCAUUGUUUGACGUUUGAUGUAAUGAUGUCCAUUUAAUAAAUGAUUAAUUAUUUCAUGUGAUAAUUGUACCAGAGUCAGUGAUUUAUCAGCUUAAUGGAUAAUUUUAGAAUAGUUAAAUGUAAAGAGACAACCUUUUGACUCUGAAAAAGGGGGUGGGGUGGUGUUGAUUGGAAGUAAUCUGUCCUCAAAAGGGUUGAAAAAAAUAUUCCUCAUCUGUCAUAAAAUAAUCAUUUGUCCUUGUCUGCUGCUUCUACCCCAGUGUGGGAAUAAGGGUAGUGUCUUCUUCCUUUUUUUGCCCUUAAAUUUUUUUUAUGAAAGAAGAAAAUAAAUAAUCUGUCCUUCACUUACAUAGCAUUAUAUAUUUCCACUCUUUUCAGAUUCAAAUGUUUAUCUACCUUUCUUAAUCCAAAUUAUAACAAAGUACAUGUACUGACAUAGGAUGAACAUGUUUGCAAUACCAGGAGUUGAAUGAACGCAUAAUAUUUUAUUAUAUCAAGAGGCAACAUGGCAUACUUUAAUUUUUUAUUCCAUAGUUAAUGCAUCCCUCAUAUAAAAUAAGUCCCCUCCUGAUGAAACCAGAGGGGACUAUGGUUUCCUUCUUGUCUUUCCCUCUGUCAUUCUGUCCCACUUGGUUUUUCCAACUUUUUGCUAAAUGCUGAAAAAAUAGCUGAUUUUUUUUUGGUAUGUGAAUUUAUCUUGAUGGGUUAUAGAUCAUGUUUGCAUUUUGUUCAGCUUCAAUGAUAUUUUGAAGGAAUUAUAAUAAUAGCAUUUUCAAUUUUAAUGGGAAUCAAAUAACACUUGCCCGUAAGUGACUAUAAAUUGAUAUAUACAAUACUUUCAGAAUGUUUUUUUUUUGUCAUACAACUUGUAUACUAGGCCUGUAACCUAGAAUAUUGGUCUUCAUGUUAACUUUCCAUAUUUUAUUUCCUGUUUUUAUUAUAAAACAAAUGUCUGUUAUUAAAAUUUCUAAGUA